UUCUCUAGUAAUGAGUGUCAUGCCUGACGGACCUGUUUAUGAUAUUUUGCUGAGAGGGAUGGCAACCUCUGAGAAAGACGUUCCUAAGAAAGAAAGUGAAUUGCUACUCUGCAACAAGCCUGUGGUAUGCUGGGGAGGAGUCGCUGUAGGAAAUGCAGUGCAACAGAAAGUUAUUCUAAAGCACAAUGGCUCACCACCAUCAAAGAGGUUGAGGCUGCAACUUUCAGUACAGCAUCCUGAUUUCCAGCUUCAAAACACUUUUGGUAAAGUGGAUGAGAAGUCAAUGGCAUCUAUUGUCAAUCUUGCUCCUCAG